AUGAAAAUUACGAAAACUACUCUAAAAAAUAAGAGACUAGACAAGGCCUGCGAUUCUUAUCGUAUCAAAAAGACCAAAUGUGAUGGCAAGAAACCGUGCAACAGAUGCAGAUUGGAUAACAAGAUAUGUGUAUCCACCUCGAAAGGAAUGAAAGAUCUCACCAGACGGAUAUGUUGA